AUGCGGCGCCACAAACUGCCCGACCCGGCCGUAAGGCUCGCGCGUGACAUACUGAGGAGAGAGCCAGAAGAGCGAACGGUGGGCAUGGCGCCUUGAGCUCCUUGAUAGAGUUGGUAAGUUUCUGAACGUUUGUUGUGUGAUGCGAUCAGGAGGAGGAGAUAAAGCAGCUGGUUGAGAUGUGCAGGGGCAACAAGCUCAUCCAGGGCCUCGACCCCAUGGUCAGACGUCAGGUCUGCAAGGAGAUGCUCUACGAAACCUACCCUCCCAAGUAAGAAAGCGGCUGUUUGCUGGCUGUGCAUGUCCUUCCGGACCCGCAGAACGGUCAUCUUCUAUUUCGGCGAUUCGGGCACCAAGUACUACAUUGUACUCAAGGGCAAAGUCGGGAUUUUGACACCGCUUCACAGUACGCACAAGCAGGAUGUCGGGGCGCCCCACGUGUGUGGUCUUCUCCCUUUGUUGCCUGUGCAGGAAGAUGCCUGAAUGACAUUGUGUGUGAGGGCAAGAUAAGCCGCACACACGUUCCUCCAUGUCCAUUUCCUCAUUCACGCAGCACAAAGACGGCGAGUGCGUCUGUCCCAGCCUGCCAUUCCAGCAGGUGGGUCAGGGGGAGAUGGGCCCCACGGAUGCAGGCAGCAAUUGAAGACGCUUCUAUGCAGGUUGCCACCGUGGAGGCCGGCCAGGGGUUUGGUGAGGUCGCUUUGCUGGAGGAUGCGCCAAGAAGCGCUACAGUGGUAUGCCUGGGUCCUGAACACGGGGAGUUCAUCGGUAAGGAAGAUGAUCGAUUUAUCCGCCGUCGAAAGAGUUCUGUCUUGGCAUGUGCAGUUGUGACUCGGGAAGUGUAUCAGGAGCAUGUGCUGGCGCACCACAAGGACUUCAUCCUCGAAAGGUGAGAGAUGCACUCACACGAACCGCCACAGACAAAGAAAAGGGUGUCUCGGCUGCCUGCCUGCUUCUCUGCCUUGUAGGCUGGCAUACCUGAGUCAGUCCCCUUAUUUGCGUCAGAUCACCCCGGCCGAUCUGAAAGCGCUGUCGGAUCGUCUCAACGAACACGUCUUUCCAUCACCGACGGUCAGCCAACUGUCGAUGUCUCUUGAGGCAUGUCAUCCCUCGUCUGCUGGUGGAUUGCAGAUCAUUACUCGUCAAGGAGACGAGGCCGACCGUGUGAUCUUCGUCAGAACCGGUCGGCUAAACGGACGGCUUGUUUAGUCUGUUUGUGUGGGUCGAUCCUUAUACUGUGCUCAUCUCACUCAGGCACUGUCAUUGGCCUGCGGAAGAUAGAGGUGACGCCGGAACACGACCUCAUUGACGAGUGGAGGUCCAACAAACACCUGCAGAGAAGAACCAACAUGUAUGUCUGUAUGUCUGUCUGCAUGGAGAGCGACACUUCUUCACGCACCGCCUGAUUGUCGAUACAGGGUUGACGGCAAGCCGGUGCCGGGCACGAGACAGAGACGCUUCAGUCUCGGUGAGGAAUACCGCUCACGUAUCGACGUCUGCCUGGUAUGCAUUCAUCGUGACCUGCAUGCAGCUGCGGAGCCGCUGGCGAUUGAGGUCAAGACCCCCCGUCGGCAGGACGCAUACUCGCGCGGCCUCUCGGAAGACCUGGCAGAGGCUGCCAAGAGGAGAAGCGUCGAAGCUGCUCAAGAUCCCACUUCACCCACCGCCACCCGGGCACCGGUCGGCCCGCCAUCCACGAUCCCCAAGCCGGUGCCGCCGACCGGUGGGAGGAAGAAGGAAAGACGGGUCACAGUGGAGGAGAAACGCAGCAUCAUCCUCCAGCUCGGCCCACAGCAUGUGUCGAUGGGUGAUAUCCUGAUGCACUAGUGCGUGGGUGUUUGUGUGUCGGCUGGUUGGACGGGUUGGUCAGGUGUUGGAGAUGGGCAAGUACUCGUUCUACGGGGCGGCCGAGCUGCAGGAGGCCGAGAGUGUCGGUGGCGAUCCUGACUUCCACAACGUGCACAGGAGGGACAGAUACAAAGUCACACUCGUCGCAUUCCCCUUCGCUUCGGUGAGCACAAAUGAGACACGAACGAGACACACACACACUGCUGUCCAUGUAAAAAACCACACGUGGUCCAGAUAUACACCAUCGAGAGGCGCCACUUCCUCAAGGUGAUGAGACACCAAAGAUAAACGGUCAAAGGGGAAGGAAAGCGGACAUCCUGUCCUUUUCUCAGAGUAUCUCCAGUCGUGUGCGGGAGGCCCUCUACCACGCUACGCCACGCAUCCCGCCAGACAGCACCCUUCUGGCCCGAUUCAAGAAGGCCAAGAAGUGGGACUACUUCAAGAGCUCGGUGGUGAAGGAUGUCCUCUACGCUUGCAAGUGAGCACCGAGUGCGUUCAGCUCAAUGUCCUUCAUUGUCCGUCCGUCGGUCCACCCACCCAUCCAUCGAUCCAUCGAUUGCACGCAGGGCGCAGAAGGCCCUCACCGCCGGCCUCUACCGCAUCACCGAAGACCAGAGGACGGUAUGCACCCAGCUGCACACGCCGACACAAAUGGAGACACGAGACAUGACCAAACGCAACAUCUGACUGCGCAGUUUGGUUCGGGCGCCGCGUCUCAGCGCGGCAAGGUUGCCCCUCUGGAGGACGAAGAGAUGCUCGACUACACCCACGCCGACGCCAGGGUGCGUGCGGCCGUGACCUGGUGCAAGCACAUCGACCAGCAGGCACGGCAGCAGAAGGACAAGAGGCUGAUGAUGUAUGGGGCACUCAAGGCUUGGCUCUACAAGAACGAGGUCGAGGCGGUGGAGUCCUUCCCCAGGCCGAAGAGCAAGAAGAGAUCGGCCCGCCUGCCCAGCGACCUGAGGGCGCUGUCGCUCCACAAACUGUAAGUUGAUGACACACACAUUCAGGGAGGGAGACACACAUAAACACACACAUCGAUGUCUCAUUUCGACGUAUCCCCUCCUCCCUCCUUCCCCCUCUGCGCAGCUUGGCUGAGCUCCGUCCGCGGCGCAGACAUGCGCGAGGAAGCGGUGCAGGGUCGACAAGCGACCAUGACGACACACGGCUGCACGGCAAC